UGUUUGACGGCUCAUGUAGAAUUACUAUAAAUACAAAAUGGUUUGGUGGGUCAAUAAAUAUUCUUGCAGUUCAUCAACAAAUCAAUCUGGGGGUAUAUAUUAUAGUGAUUAUUGUAAAUCUCGAUACAAGGAUGAUUGCGAUGCAUUAUUCCCAUCUACGAAUAUUAUGUUUAGUUUCAAUAAACGUCAAUACUCAGCAUAUGAUAUACAUUCGCUAGUUUUAUCAGGUGUUAACAUAUUCAACAUAGAUAGAAAUAUACACAGUGAACAAUACUUUGUUGAUAUUAAAAGUGCCAUUAAGGGAGCUCAAAAAAUACCUGAAAUACAUCCCUCACAGUACUAUACUCCAGUUACAUUAGCUAUAACCAUGUCUAUUGAAAUUCCCGUUGCAGUAGAUGAAGAUGUUGAUAUUGUUAUUUUGAAAGAUGUCAAAAACUUGCCACAAUAUUUGAACUUUAAAGAUAACAAUUUGUGUGAAAUAUUAAAACCUAUACUUGUUUGGAUAAGCAGCGGAACUCUGACUGAUGGGCUCAAGGAAAUUAUUCGAUUUUCAGAUGGAAUUAUAUUUGAUCGUGAAAGGGAUUAUAAACUGACUCAAGAUCCUUGUAUUUGUCCAAUAAAAGUGUGCAAAGAACUCCAAAAACCUAUAUUUCAUUUAAAGCCCGAUACAACACUAGAUUAUUACAGUUUAAGAGAAAGCAAGAGAAGUGUUUUUAUUGAAAUUAAUGAAGUUGUUAACAGUUGUGUAGAUGGAAUAGUUAUUAGUGAUGAUUUAAAAUCAGAAUUUCCUCCUAAAGAAAUAGUACGCUCUAUUAUUAGAGCAAUGGCUCUCGAAACACUUGAUAAUUCUGGGAUUGUAGCAGAUUACUUGGAGGUAAAAAUUCCAGCUUUAGUGCCAUUAUCUCUCGCCCUCGGCGCAUCUCUUGCGGCGUCGAAAUCCGAUGCAAAAGCUAUUAUUGUUUUCACAAAAACUGGCAAUUCUGCAAGAUGGGUAUCUUUUACUGCUCCUUGUUGUCCAAUCAUAGCAAUAACCAGAAGAAAAUCAACAGCAAGGCGAUUGAAUCUAUAUAGAAAAGUGAUACCGUUAUAUUGCGAUGUUCCCCGCUUCUGUAACUGGCGUCUGGAAUGGCAAAGUCGCGUAGAUUUUGGCACGACUUUUGCUCUGAAGACUGGUCUAUUUAAUUCUGGAGCCAAUUUAGUGGUGCUUGCACCGACAAAAGAAAGCAUUGGGUAUUGUAAUGGAUUUCAAAUAAUAAAUGUGCCUUUUUAACAGUGAGAGUGAUUAAAUUUUAUGCUUUUAUACUUA